AAAUCCGACUUCAAAACAUGGCUGAACGUUUAGAUGAAACGAAAAAUAUGCUGCUUAAAUUGGAGAAAAAGAAUAGUACUCAAGAACUCGAAAUUUCUCAAUUAGAAAUGAUAAAUCGUGAACUUGCUCGACAAUUGGAAGAAAGUAAAUUAGAAAUAGCAAAAAGUAAUAAUUUCUUGGAAGCUGAAACAAUAAAAUACAAAGAUACUUUAAAUGAGGCAAAUGUCAGAAUAGAAGAACUUUCUAAUACGGUUAGAACCUUUGAGGAGAGGCGUAAUAAUAUAGAGGACAAGACUGAAUUACUAGAAGAAGAAAAAGCCCGACGAGAAGCCGCCGAAGAAGAGAUCAGAAAACUUCUUGAAUAUAAUGCGCGCCUAAAAAAAGAUCACGAAGAGAUUAGUGAAAAAUAUGCCGAGCUAAUAGGCCAUCAAAACCAUAAGCAAAGAAUUAAACACGUGUCUCAGUUGAAAGAUAAAAUCACUCAACUGGAAAUGGAUUUACGCAAGAAAACAACAAAAAUAGAACAGCAACAAAAAAUCAUUGAAAAAAUAAGGUCAGAAGAGAAACAUGUGCCAAACAAGUUCAGAUAACCAAUUAUUGUUGUUAUCUGUGGUUUAUGACCAGCAUGAAAUAGUUGUUGUUAUAUGUAGUAUAUAGUGUAUUCGGCAACAGUUUGGAGAUUUAAGGGGUGAUAGAAAGUAAGACAAAAGUAAGACGAUAGUAAGACGAAAAUCGAGGAUUAAAAAAGUAUGAUUUAAACUUUAUUUUCAAGUUGUUAACGAUUAAAGAUCUUGAUCCUCGAAGACGGAGAACUGACUCGCACCUCAGUAUUAUAAACUUUUAUUGUUAAUAGCUUACCGACAAAGUGAAGGUCGUAAUUUUUGUUCUCACUCGACUUUCAUCUUAUCUUGCCAUAAAGAAUAAUCCUGCAAAUUUUCUUGCAUCUUGUUGUCGAGUAUCUUGCAUGUUAGCACUAGUUUCACAUUAACGAUUAUGCCAUUGGGUGAGAAACAUGAAAAUAUUAUAUCAAAUUAAGAAAUUGUUUGUGGAUUAAACAGGUUGGCCAUCAUCUCGAGAGAAAUGAAAAGUUUUGUAACCGUUAAUAUGAAACCACAUUACAUGUAUAUCGUUAACAACUUAUUUUAAGAAAUGGACUUUAAUACAGAUUUUAUACAGUAGUUUCUAAAAAUAGGCGGAUUAUAGCUUUGAAGUUUUAUGUUACUUAUAGGAGUUACAUUUUUAAAACAAUAUUUGCUGAAUGUUUUUGUUAUAAUCUAAGGUCAAACUUGAUAAGUUUGGUGGUUAGUGUAAUUACUAGACUGCGGAUUUUAUGCUUUUAUAAUAAAAAUGGGUAAGUGAAAUUUAAGAUAGCGAAACUAUUUUUUAAAAAUUAAGAGUAUGUGUGUAUCAUUUUCGACUCACUGAGAUUGUUAACGAAAGAAAGAACUUUUGAUUUGACUGAUGUUUGUUGAAAUUGAUGAAGAUACGAUUUGAUAAAGUAUCUUUUCUAAAUA